AUGCUAGCAAUCUAUUCACACGUUUCAGUCACUGCUUGGCUCUAUAGUACAGGAAUUAUAUACCUUUCUCAACGUCUUUAUUUCUUAUCAAUUUAUACAAUUUCAAGUUAUGUUGUUUGCAUUAUUGCAGGUGCUGCAUUUACUAUAUUCCGAAGUAUUUCGCUAUAUUAUCUCUUCCUAAUGGCUGCAUUCCUAUCAAUGCUCGUUAAUUUUUAUUUCGGAUUUCAAAUGUACUUAGAUCCUGUAUCAUACUUUGUUACACUUACAGACACAUGGAUGGAAAACAUAAAUACUCGUAAAAUCAACAUAAUUGAAAGAAAUCUCAAAUGUUGCGGAUUUCAUCGUCCAAGAGAGUAUCCAAAAGACAGAUGUACAGAAUCAUUUACAGAUGCCUGCUUUACAGUAAUGAAAGAUAGAUACACAAAUGAUAUGAAAAACGGAGCUUUGACUUAUAUGGCUCUGGGAAUUACAUUUGGAUUGUUAAUAGCAUUCGUAAUUAUGCAUGGUACACAAAAACCAGGAUACAGAUCUACAAGAAGACGCGAAAUUACAGUAGCACCUUUAUAA